AGUAACGGUACACAGCGGCCCGAGCUGCCGCUGCUGGUGCCGCCGCCGCCGCCGGGGCGGGGGCAGGGGCAGAAAAUGCAAGGGCCUCCUGGUACUUUUGAAGAAUUCUUACAGUCUCAGAAAUUGGAUGAUUGGCCAAGAUUUCCCUUUCUAGAUGAAGAUCGUCCUUUGGUGGACAAAUUAAAAAAUAACUAUUCAUUUGAUGCUAUUUCUAAGUUUCUAUAUGAAAAUGCUCCAGUACAAAACAGCCUUGUCUCAGAUUUGGAGAAAAGAAUAAAUGAGUGCACAACUGAAUUGAAGGAACAUGCUGAAAAAAUAUUUUCUUUUCAACAAAAACCAACAGAGGAAGAUGACCAUCGUGUUUCACUAGAGCAAACCACUGAUACUCAAUGUAUUGAUUCAGAAGAAAUUUCAAUUCAAACAGGCAAGAUGAGGAAAACAAAGAUUGAUAAAUAUAUCACUGAGGAAUCAAGCAGAAAAAAUGUAAAGAAUUAUAGAUACCCAGGUUUCAAGUUAAAACAGCUUACAGAAUUACCAAGACACUUGGAAGCAGCAAAACUUUGGGACUUGGUUAUAAAAGCUCACAAUUUCAAACCUAAUCAAGAAGAUCAAGAUUACUUGUUUGACAGAAUUGCAGAAAGUUUCAUGGCACUUUUCCUAUGUGUCCCCAGGAAUACUAAAGAUGCUUUUUUUCAGGUGUAUCCUGAUUGUUUGUCACAAGUCAUCUAUGUUGCUUUCUGUGAAGCAUUUCCAGAAUCCAGUAAAUCUUUUGAUGAUGCAUUUAAAGAUGGACUAAUGGAUUUAAUUUUUCAGUGGGUAUCAGGUCUAAAGCCACAGAAAUUUGCUUGGAAGAAAUGGAAUCUAGAUUGCCUGAGGAAGCCCACAGUAAAUAGUAGCAAGAAAGAUACUAUUACCAAGGCACCAGUUAAGGAGUCUGGCAAAUCCAAAGCAGUCAUUGAAGCUUGUGACUGGAUGGGGUCCAGACCUCUUUUACCUGGAGCAGGUGAGCAGCACUCAGCCUCCCACUCACAUAAGUAGUUAAAAUACAGGUUUUCUCAUGAUCUGUUGCAGUCAUUACCCUAGAUACUUCUUUUUCAAGGGAACUGGGAAGAAAUUUUUCUCUCACCACCAGAUUGGGGUAGGCAAGAUGUGGCUUUGGUUGUUUU